CUAUUACUAGAUUCGUAUUAAAUGCAACCUUGCACUACGCAAUCAGCUGACGCAAAUUGAAAAGUCAAACAACAACAUCUUUCAAAAUUACAACUAGGUCAAUAAACCAUCUCUUUAUUUCUUUACUGAAGACACAUAAAAAGGAAUAAUGGUUAUUUCUCGCCUUAUACGUCCAUUACUGACGGCGCGUGGAGUUAUGGGCCACACUUUGGGAAAACGUUCAAAAUUGGCAUAUAUGACCCAAGGCACACAUUUUCGCAGCGGUGCGUUGAAGCCAAAGCCACACCAAACACCAUUUGGCAUGGUAUUUGUGUUCUGCGCUGUGUUACCUGGUCUAUUUCUUGGCGCUGCUAUAAGUAAAAGUGUUGCUAAUUUCUUAGAGGAAAAUGAUCUUUUCGUACCAUCUGAGGACGACGACGAUGAUGAUGAUGACUAAAAUAAAUGUAUCCUAGCCAUUUGACCACUUUAAGAAAAAUAAUAUGGGCCAAAAAAAAAAUUGAUAAAUUAUCGAAUUGAAAUUUUUCGUUAAGAGCUUCUUGUUAAAUAAUUAUUAAAAGUACAUGUAAAUUUAUGAUUAAAAGGAAAAUCGUAUUUGUAUUUUAUAAUCAGUUGCAGGAUUCAUUAAGGAUUUAGUCUGUCCUGCCAUACGCGUGUUAGUCUUAAAGCCAAUAUCAAGGAAUAUGUUAACCCCAAAUUCAAACAAUUAUCGUCAGUAACUUGAAUCUACUUGGAUACGUGAACUCAACAAUUAAAUAGGAUAUGCAAUGAAAAUCACGAUGGCAAUUUCUUUAAAAUCUACAUUUUAUUGUUCCACAGUUUUAUUAGACAUUUCCUAUAAAUGUAAUUUAAAAUUAUUAUUAGAUAAUAAAUAUAAUACCUAAUCAAAAUAACCUUAAUUAAACUUUCAAAAA